UGAUACACACAUUCCAUUCCGCCUCCGUGCGAAGAAAGUGUGCGAGCGAGCGAGCGACGGUUUUUUUUCUCCGGCUAAAAAACAACCGCCAAUCCGCUGGAAUCUGACGUACUCCGGCUACAAACAUUUUCCGGCAACCUUUCCCGCCUCAGUGUGAAUUUCAUGCCGAGAAGCCACAGGAGUAGGGUUUCUUCGGCGGACAAGGAUCUACCUUUGCUAUUUAAGGCGAUUCUUGCCCUAGGGUAAUGUGCCCGCGGAAGACCGUCGGAUAUAGGGUCUGGUUGAUCAACGGCCACGAUUUCGUCUCCGGAUGGAGGGAGGAAUACACACAUGGAUUAUAAUGACAAUGAUUUCCAAAGUCAAAACUUCCAGUUAGGUGGUGAAGACAACAGCAAAUUUCCUCCAGGAUUACGAUCAUAUGUGCUUCCCAAAUUCGAUUUAGACGAACACCUCCAGGUUGACCUAAGGUUUGAUAGUUUAGCUGAAGCAGAGGUUUUGCUUGGCAUCCGAAGUCAAGAAGAAAACCAUUGGAUUGAGGAUUUCUCACAGGGAAGUAGUGGAAUUGAGUUUAGUUCAGGUACUGCUGAAUCUCGUUCCAUAUCAAUGCGUAACAAUGUUUGGUCCGAGGCCACUUCCACUGAAUCUGUUGAAAUGUUAUUGAAAUCCGUUGGGCAAGAUGAGAUGAUCACAGAACAAACUAUUAUUGAGGAGUCAGAUGCCAGUGAUGUAUUGGAUGGCUUAAACAACCAAAUGGAUCCCAACUUGAAUCGAGAUGCUUCCCUUCCAUCUAAGACGGGGGAUAUCACAGAUGCUGAUCCUACACUGCCACCUGACAAAGCUCUGCAAAGUUCAUUGGCUUUAAGUGAAGAGCCAGCAGUGGAUCUUCCUCACAUUGUAUACAUCCCACAAACUCACCAAAAUGAAAAAUCAGGGUUUGAAAAUUUGAUAGACUUGGACUCGAGUUCUAUUGGUAAAGACUCGUGUGUGACUAUUGCUGCUAAUCAAUGUAGCUUAGACACAAAUUUAACUUCAGCCUCUGUGGGAACAGUUGCACUGCAUAGCCAUACUUCUGCAGCAUGUGGAGUGGCUAAUGCCUGUCCUGGUAAUACUACCUUUGAGAGUAUGGAAGUUGAUACCUCAGUGGGAAAGAGUGCACAUCACAGUCAUGCUUCUGCGACAUGUGGAGUGAUUAAUGCCUGUUCUGAUAAUACUGCCUUUGAGAGUAUGGAAGCUGAUCCCUCAGCCACAUCCAUUGGGAAUCCUGUUAUAGAUUCUGAGGAAUUGAACAAUCAAAAGCUCCCACAGCAGGCUACAGUUGAUCGCAGUGAGGUUGCAUGUUGUGAGAAGCCUGAAGGUUUGAUAAAAGAUGAUGCUCAGGAAAGGGAAAGUCAGUUUUUGAGCAAAGGCAUCCGGAUAGGUGAUCAGCAUUCUGAAGGACAAGCAGUGGAAAGUUGUACCGGUAAUGUGCUGAAGCCUUCCAGUCCGAUGCUGAGCACUGAUUCUUCAUUGCAGAUACCAGAAAGAUGCAAUGAAGUUGUAUUUUCUGAGAAGGAAGAUUACUUGUUAAAAGCUGAUACACGUGAACUAGGAAUUGGGGUGUUCAGCAAAGAUGAUGAGGCGGAUGAUCACUGUAUUGGAAGUACACAGGAGACAUCUUUUCUAGUAACAGGAGAGGAGCAUAAUUUAAAAGGUGAGUUGGCUGAAAGCAGCAAAAAGGAUGCUGGAAAUCUUACCAGUUCAGUAGUGAAAGUGUCUUCUCCAAUUGACAUUGUUCAAGAAACAAAGGAGAUGGUAGAAGUAGAUGAUGGCCAUGAUAUUUCGGGGGCCCAUGCUGCAGAAUUUGCUUCUCGAGAUGUGGAAUUUGUAGCGACAGGAAAGAAAAUGGUGGACAAAGUAACCGAGAGUGAUAUUAGAAAUCCUGCUGUUACUUCGAAUGUAUCAGGAAAUGCUAUUCCGGAGAAAGUACAUUGUACGCAUGAUUUACUCGAUAUAAAUAACACAGAGUUGCAUAUCUCACCUUCUCUGCAUGCAAAAUCUUCUAGUUUAUUAGGGGUUGUGUGCGGUGGUGCUCAUAUUGUUCAUUCAGAUGAUCCUAUUGCUGAAAAGGAGACUGAAAGGUCAUCUACCAACUCACGUAAUAUUGAAGUCGAAAUUGGUGAUUCUCCUAUCAAGGAGAAGAGGGUGGAUGCCUUGGCUUAUGGACACAGUGAUGGUAUAGUAACUGAUGAAUUGCAUGGAUCCCCUGCUGAACAUAACAUCAGUGACAAGUCAGUGUCAAAUGGAGAUGUCUCGGGAGGAGUCUCUGAGUUAACAUCUUUUACCAAAUUGGAAAAGGCUAACCUGGUCAAAGAUGAAGUCGUUGAACAGAAAGAAGUAGGAAAACUGUCUUUGCCUGUAUCCAAUUUUAUUGACCUGGAUAAGGAAGAAACAGUAAUUGGAAUCUCAAUGAAACCAAGUUCAUCAAUUUUGGAGGAGAAUUCUAAUUCCCUUUCACCAAGUGGGCUGAUUCCUCAUUCCGAAUCUUGUCGACAUAAAAUUUAUAACAGAUCAGAAGAACCGCUAUCUGAGUUGGUUGUUCAGCCUUCUGCUUCUGUAGAGAAGCCUGUUGAUGAUGCAUGCCAGAAUGAACCCCAAGCAUCAAUCGCUGUUACAAUCACUCCAGAAUGUAGUCAGGAUUUGGAACCGCAACCUACUUUCCCUGCUUCUGUAAAGGAUGGAUCUGGAGCAUCGGGAGCUGCUUCUAAAACUUGUGAAACGACUGAGUUACACGUUAUAGGGAAAAUGGGUAGCUCUGGUGAGGGAUGCCCACAGCCUCUUCUACCUUUAUCUGCUGAUGAAUCUUUUCAUGAUAUUGGCCCGAACAAUCAGCAAGAUUGUGAAGCUAAUUAUGCAACUGGAGGUGACAAUGGGGGCAAGAAUAUCCUUCUUGCAAGCAGAGAAGGCAAUGUCCCAGACUGUUUUGAAGAAAGCUUGUCUGAACCUGUUACUUCAUCUGUAAAAAUCGCCUCCCAUGCCCUGGAAGCUGCAAGUGGUAGUCCAAAUACUGCUGAACCUAACUGUGGUUCGCCUACUGUCAUUACUUGCAGCAAGCCUUUGCAUAGUGAAAAGGAGCCCCAAGAGGGUGGUGAUCAAUGUUCAUUACCUCAAAAUGUUACUGUUUCUGAAGACCGACCUUGGACUUCCUCUAGCAUUGAUAGGCAGGAUGUUAAGUCUACUGCUCAUGAUCCGAAAGAAAAGGAUUCUUCUGAGGAUGACAAAAGUUUCACAUUUGAGGUCAGUUCACUGAAAGAUCUGUCUGAAAGAGAGACCGGAAAAGGAUGGAAACCAUUUGCCAAUAUACAAGCUUUUGAAUUACCUCAGUCUGGAGAGGGGUCUCCAGUAACUCCUAAGGUCUCACCCAAAAUUCCUCUCGGAAGUCCUCAAGUAUCUGAUGCACAGAAAGUGCGCGCGAGUACAAAGGGUACUGGGAAGGAUAAAACUAGGACAGCAUCUGGCAGUGCAACUGAAAGAGGAAGUUCUAAGCAUAGGAAGCCUGCUAAAGAAGCAUCCUAUCAAAAGCAGACAAUAGAAAGGGAUGGCAAAUCAUGCGGUGCGUCAGCUAAGCCAGUAGGGACAACAGGCGGCACCAUGCAAGGUGAAGCAAUGAGGCAAUAUGCAUAUAUUGAAGGCAGUGGUACAAAGACAUCUGGUGUUCAAACUGUCCAGACAUCUGGUCUGCCAGAUUUGAAUUCUUCAGCUUCUCCAGUAAGAUUAUUUCACCAGCCAUUCACAGAUCCACAACAAGUGCAAUUACGUGCUCAGAUUUUUGUUUAUGGAUCUCUGAUUCAAUGUACAGCACCUGAUGAGGCCUGUAUGAUAUCGGCCUUUGGAGAUACCAGCCGCGAUGGUGGAAAGAGUAUGUGGGAGAGUGUGUGGCGUCUUGCGGUAGAAAGACUUAAAAAUCAGAGAUCACCACUCAGUAACUCUGACACCCCUAUGCACUCUCGAUCAGGCAUUAGGGUCCCUGAACAAGCACCAAGGGGCAGCCCCCUUCAGAACAAAGCCCAUAGCAGCCCUGCUGGUCAAACUGGCAGCAAGGGUGCCCCUUCUUCUGUUGCAAGUUCCAUGUUCUCUUUCUCAUCGCCAGUAUGGAGUCUUUCUACUCCUUCUCGUGAUGGUCUGCAGUCAGGCAACAUGCCAAGAGGCCCGUUCCUGGACUCUCAUCAGUCACUUUCACCAUUGCAUCCUUACCGAUCUCCGCACCCACAACAGUAUGUCGGAAAUAGCACUCCUUGGCUCCCGCAUUCCUCCUCUCCUGCUCCAUGGUUUGUCACUCCUCAAACUCCAGAACUUGACGCUGCUGUGCAAUAUUCUGCAUUGCCCGUUGUGGAAGCAGUUCAAGUAACAUCUGUUCGAGAUUCAUCUGCAUCACGUGCUUCUAACACUCAGCCUGUCCCUCCUAGUCCUUUGGCUCCCGCUGAGGUUCCUGCUAGUGUUCCUGCAAGUACAGCUGUACUGAUGGAGGCAAAGAAGAUCUCGGCAUCACUUGUAAAGCAUCCAUCUGCUGACCAGAAAUUUAGAAAGAGAAAAAAGAGUUCAGCAUCUGAGGAGCCUGGUGGUCAGAUCAGUUUGAUUACUCAAUCUCAAACACAACCUACUACUGGUGUCACGAAGCAGUUAACUACAUCUGUAGGCAUAUCAUCACCCGCUAACCCUGUAUCUAGAGUUGUUGAUGAUGGUGUUCUUUCAAACAGUUCUCCAAUGGCUUCAACCCAGAACCGGAUGGUAGGUGGCAGUGACACAGAGAAGAGGGUUGUCAUUACUGAGGAGACAUACAGUAGAAUAGAGCAGGCUAAGUUACAUGCAGAAGAUGCUGCUGCUAUGGCUGCUUCUGCAGUCAGGCACAGCCAAGGAAUUUGGAGUCAGUUAUCUGUCCAGAAGAAUUCUGGGUUAGUUUCAGAGGUGGAAGCAAAGCUGGCCUCUGCAGCUGUUGCAGCAGCUGCAGCUGCUUCUGUUGCAAAAGCUGCAGCUGCAGCUGCUAAGGUUGCAUCAGAGGCUGCUUUGCAAGCUCAAUUAAUGGCUGAGGAGGCUAUGGCUCUGCCUAAAAUGGGGAGUUCUGGUCAGCAUUCUGAAACUAGUCUUCCUGACGGCGGGGCAAAUUUGCGAAGGAUUACUCCUGCAUUGAUUUUGAAGGGCAAGGACAAAACCAACAGUUCCAGUUCAGUUAUUGUUGCUGCACGGGAGGCUGCUCGAAAGAGGGUUGAAGCUGCUGCAGCCGCAACAAAACGAGCAGAGAAUUUGGAUGCGGUUGUUAAAGCUGCUGAACUAGCAGCAGAAGCUGUAUCACAAGCAGGAGCAAUCAUUGCAAUGGGUGAUCCUAUACCCUUGUCAUUGAGUGAAUUGAUAGAAGCUGGUCCGGAGGGUAAUUGGAAAGUACAACAAGUGCCUGCUGAGCAAACUGUUAAAGCAAAUGGUACACAUGGAGGAGAGCAGUCAAGCAUGGAUGGUGCCAAUGGGCAGCCAUCAAAUUCAGAAGAAACACAGGGAACUGCAAAGGAAGGGAACAUGCCUGCUCUGAAAGAACUAUCGAGGCAACCAGUGGAGAACAUACCUAUGCUGAAGGAACUGUCCAAAGAUGCUGUUGCAAAUGAAAAAGGACAGGAAGUACGAAAAGGUCGUAAAACAUCUGACCUUGCUAACACCAUUGGGGUUUCAGCUGAGACAGAGGUUGCGCUGAGAGUGGCUUCUGUAACUUCCCAAAUCAAUGAAUAUGAAAAACAUCAACAGGCAGGGACAGAAAAAGAGAAUAGCAUUAGGGAGGGAUCUCAUGUUGAGGUUGCUUCUGAUGAGGUUGGUCUUAGAGGGGCCUGGUUUUCAGCCAAGGUACUUAGUUUGGAGGAUGGAAAUGCUCAUGUUCGUUACGGCGAACUUCUGCAAGAUGAAGUCCGCGCUCAGUUGAAGGAGUGGAUCCCACUUGAAGGUGAAGGUAAUAAAGCUCCCAAAAUACGCAUUGCUCAUCCAAUGACUGCUGCAAAAUUCGAAGGAACAAGAAAGCGACGCAGAGCUGCUGUAGGAAAUUAUGUGUGGUCUGUUGGAGAUCGGGUUGAUGCAUUGAUGCGUGACAGUUGGAGGGAAGGAAUUGUCACAGAAAAGGGCAAGGAAGAUGAAACAAAACUGACUAUUCAUUUUCCAGCUGAAGGAGAUGCAUCGAUUGUUAGAUCUUGGAAUCUUCGUCCGUCUCUCGUAUGGAAGGAUGGCCACUGGAUUGAGUGGUCAAGAGAGAAUAAUGGUCAGCAGCGCGAGCGUGAUACUCCCAAGGAAAAACGACCAAAGUUGGGCAGGCAUGAAGUUGUAGUUGAUUCUCAAGUUGAUGCCAGCGGGAAGGAUAAGCUUUCAAAAAAUCCAUGCAUUGAGGACUCAAGGAAGGCCGAAGAGUCAAGGCCACUGAUGUUAUCUGUGAAGGAUACGGUUUUUUCUGUUGGGAAGAGCACCGGGGAUACGAAAAAUUCUGAUGCGCUGAAAAUGAAGCGGACUGGAUUGCAAAAGGAAGGAUCAAGAGUGGUUUUUGGGGUUCCUAAACCUGGAAAGAAAAGGAAAUUUAUGGAAGUAAGCAAACAUCUUGUUUCAGAUCGGGCUACUAAGAUCACUGAAGGAACAGAUUCAAUUAAAUUUGCGAAAUACUUGAUGCCACAAGGAUCCCGUGGAUGGAAGAAUGCUUCAAAAGUUGAUUUCAAGGGAAAACAGGCCGCCGACUCAAAGCCUAAGGUGUUAAAGUCAAGAAAAACUCAAAGCAUUCAGAGUAGAACUAAAUCCGAGAAGAAUGGCUCUUUGAUCUCCAGUGUUUCUGUGUCAAGCGAUGGCACAGGUCGAGAUCCCUUGAUGAAUGCCAAAGCUUCUUCCAUGAGCCAUGACGAAAACAGUUCUUUGUCUGACACUCCCAAAGCAGCUGAUGACCCACUCGUAUCUCCAUCAUUAGAGCUGGGAUCAGAUGUUCCUUCCUCCAAGAAGAAGCCCUCGGCCAGCAAACCAGAGCAGGUUUUGAAAAGAAAACUUGUACCUGCUGCUGAAAACAUGGCUAGAAAUGAAGAAAAGGGCCCAAGUCUCAAUGAGAAUUCCGGAAGGUCAAUCUCCGAUGUUGUUGAACCCCGGAGAUCGAAUCGCAGAAUUCAGCCAACCUCAAGGCUGUUAGAAGGACUACAGAGCUCCUUGAUUAUUACAAAGAUUCCCUCCGUUUCACAUGACAAAGGCACCAAAGGCCAAAGCAGAAGCACACCAUCUUCAAGAGGGAACAGCCAUGGGCGGGAGUAGGGCAGUCUUUUUCCCUAGAAAACCUGAUGACUAGGCAAAGGAGUAUCCCUCAUGUAGUGUUUUGUACAUAUAUUAUAGAUUUUAGGAGAUGUAACCUGAAUCUUGGGCUCAGUUGUAAUAUUUCAUAGAGGUUAAUAUUAAUUUUAGUUUCUUUUUUA